GUGGAAAUAGGGGAAGGGGUCAGAUUUAUCCUGAUGGUAGCAAAAGUAACAAUACAGUUUAUAAUGCUACGGCAGGAGGGAUAAUAAGCAAAAUUUUACGAAAAGAAAAAGGGGGAUACGAAACAACCAUAGUGGAUGCAUCGAAUGAACGCCAAGUAAUUGAUAUUAUCCCUCGAGGCCUAGAACUUCUUGUUUCAGAGGGCGAAUCCAUUAAACUCGAUCAACCAUUAACGAGUAAUCCUAAUGUGGGUGGAUUUGGUCAAGGGGAUGCGGAAAUA